AUGGCGCUACAUGAUGGUCUUCAUCGUCGGAUGCCAAAAGAUGUUGGCCCUAAGCUGAUAGCUGAACUCAGCAAUACCUGGUGGGGUAUUUACGUGCUGGACCAGGAGAUCUCAGCAGGGCUAGGGUGCCCAUCCACGUUGUCGCAAGACUAUAUCACCACCCCGACACCAGAUUUACUGUCUUCAGAUCAUUUAGAAAAAGCACUCAGUCUACGAGUGCGCCUAUCGCGACUCGUCCUGACCAUAACAAGCUGUAGUUACAGCUUUGAUCAACAGUCAGUCUCGGAUUUUGUGCGAGAUACAACAUCAAAUCUGCAUAAGCUUGCAGAACUAUCUCGGGACAUUGAUCAAAUUAUCUCCUUCUAUAGGACCAGCGGUGGUGAACCGCCACAAAUGUUCAUCAACAUAAAUCUAUCAUAUCACCAUUGCAUAGUUCUGGCAACCCGGCCACUUGUAAUAUGGCUGCUCACGCGAAAAUUCUCCCCUGGAAGUGAACCCCAGUGGCUGACGGGACCUGGCGCUACUCUUAUUGAGAAGUCCGGGCAAUCAGCAGCAACAAUACUUUCGGCACUAGACGACCUAGCUCAAAUUGACAUAAUAGAAGCCUUCUUACCUUUCCAUCUUGAAUAUGCCUUCUCUGCCGCCACAUUGCUCUCCAUACUCUCGGUACUCCUGCCAUCACACAUGCAACAGUCUGGAUGGCGUCAGUCAGUGGCCGUCAUUUUCGAAGCUUUGCUGUGCAAGGGAAGCGUAGCAGUUGGGCUUCGCAUAGCCGAAUUGGAGCAUCUCGAAACUCUAUUGGCCCCUCAUCGGAGUGACGAGUCGGCCAGUGAGCGCUGCUAUCUACCAAAAGAUCCGUCCGUUUUAGAUGCAUCAACACCGCAUAGAUCUUGGGGAGGACGCGCAAGCGGUGGUCAGAGCCAGGAAGAGCCGGCUCAUGUGGGUAACUAUCCAGAUGAUACGGGUUUGGGGACUGGUCUAUGGGAUUUUGCUGCUUCUCAGGUUGAAUUGGAAGAUAUACUUUCACUGACCCGCGAAUUUCAGAACGAUGACCCUAUCCCGUGGCUACUCUCUUCAGAUACGGUUUGA